GCUACGUGGCGCUGCUGUCUGAUUUGUUGAAAUGGAUGAAUGGCGUAUUUACGUGCUCUAACACGGCCCAGCCUCGCCUAUGUUUCGCCGCCGUCUCGUUUGCUCGCGCAUCGCGUCUCGUUCUGAGAAUUUCCACGAGAAGGAGAUCCCCCGGUGCGACAAUCAGGCCAGGGCGGACGGGCCUCGACGGAGCCGCGUCUACCAGGAAUCACGUCGUCGUUCGCAGGGACAAUGUUUACCAAGAAGAAAAAGAAACCGCAGAUCUCCACGCCGACCAACUUUGAGCACAGGGUGCAUACCGGGUUUGACAAACGCGAGGGCAAGUUUGUCGGAUUACCUCUGCAAUGGGCUUCAAUAGUUGGGAAUAAUCAGAUUCUAAAAUCGACCAACAGACCACUGCCGUUGGUUGAUCCAAGCGAGAUCACGCCUACAGAGAUCCUUGAUUUGAAGACUAUCGUAAGAGGACACAAUGAUCCUAGGAUAAAUAGACCACUUGCAAAUGAUAAGACUGAGAAUGGUUUGCCUAAGACCAGUACGGUUGCUCGCUCCAAUUCUCUGCGCUCUUCGAGUCCACCUCGACUUAGGAGAGAUUACAGGCAUGCAAGUAAUCUUCCACCAUCCGUCCCAGAAGGCCAAGAGGUGCCUUCAAAUAUUAAUCAAGCCUUUAUCAAUUUUAACAAACCACAUAACUACAUUGAUAAAUUGAGACAGAAUUCUCCGAGUGUUAGCAGCGGCCUAAGUUCCAGCAUACAGAACAUGAUCCCAAAUCUUCAAAAUCUUAAUCCUAAUAUGCAGUCAUCGCCAAACUUAACUCAUUCUGGAUCAAAUGUACCAAAUUUAUCAUUAAAUUUCCAAAACCUAAGUCCUAUUACUAAUUCACAAGCUCCAGUACAAAGUCCAAAUAAUCCACAAUUUCCAGAUACAGAAUUUCAUAGAUUAAAUUCUCAAAUGGCCAUGACAUCAGCUCAAUAUAAUGGCAAUGUACAGGGUUCAGCUGUAGAGGCAUCAAGAGAACAUCAAAUGAGUCAAAAUAUAUUAUUACACAAGCUACAGCCAAAAAUUUCACCAGUAGGUUCGAUAGCCUCGCAAAGGCCAUUAAGUCAAUUAAGUUCACAUAAUAUUAAUAAAUAUCCUCAGGCAUAUAAUAUGUCUGAAAAUUCGUCCAACCUCCAGUCACACCUAAAAAAACCAAUGGAAACUUCUCAAUCAAUGCAUAACUUAUCAAAACCAAACAUGCCGUCCACAAUAUCAGGAAGUGGUUCUACAGAUCAAAAUCAAAGCAUGAAGAGUGCUGUCUCUUCAGGAAAUUUGGCUGUUGGUACAAGUGCAAACAAUACCAAUAAGCAAACAGAGCAGAGACUUACACAUGAACAGUUUAGGGCUGCUUUACAGAUGGUGGUAAGCCAAGGUGAUCCGAGAGAAAAUUUGGAGAAUUUCCUGAAAAUCGGUGAAGGUAGCACAGGAACUGUGUGCAUAGCCACAGAUAAGAGUACAAAUCGUCAAGUCGCAGUUAAAAAAAUGGAUUUGAGAAAACAACAAAGACGCGAAUUGCUUUUCAACGAGGUUGUCAUUAUGCGAGACUAUCAUCAUGCAAAUAUAGUCGAGAUGUAUGAUAGUUUCUUAGUAGACGAUGAAUUGUGGGUUGUUAUGGAAUAUCUGGAAGGAGGUGCAUUAACUGAUAUUGUAACACACUCAAGAAUGGAUGAAAGUCAAAUAGCGACAGUGUGUUCUCAAUGCCUCAAACCAUUGGCAUUCUUACACUCACAGGGUGUUAUACACAGGGAUAUUAAAUCAGAUUCGAUAUUGCUCACGGCAGAUGGCAGAGUAAAACUGUCAGAUUUUGGCUUCUGUGCUCAAGUCUCUCAAGAAUUACCAAAGCGAAAAUCUCUUGUAGGAACCCCAUAUUGGAUGAGUCCUGAAGUCAUUUCAAGGUUGCCAUAUGGACCUGAAGUGGAUAUCUGGUCAUUAGGAAUAAUGAUCAUUGAGAUGAUUGAUGGCGAGCCACCAUUUUUCAAUGAACCACCCCUACAAGCCAUGAGACGUAUCAGGGAUAUGCCACCACCAAAAUUAAAGAAUUUUCACAAAGUCAGUCCACGUCUUCAAGGUUUUCUUGAACGAAUGCUUGUGCGUGAUCCAGCACAGCGGGCUACGGCAGCUGAAUUAUUACAACAUCCAUUCCUCAGGCAAGCUCAAAGUCCUAGUAUCUUGAUUCCAUUAAUGAGAGGUGCUAGGCAUACAAAUUGUUGAUAAGAUAAUAAUUUUGUAAGUUAGAAUGUUAAUCAAGGCAGAUAUUGAUUACAAGAAUAAUAUGAUAUCCUCAACUGGAUAUCAUUGUUAAUCUAUUGCAGCUCGUGUUAAAGUUGCUACAUUUGGCAGUUUAUGAGUUGGUUUAGACAUUGUCUUCUGACUUCCUCUCAUGCGUAGGACUUCAAAGUCCUUUUUUUAUUUUCUUGACGCGAUAGGCACGAUCGAUUAUGAGAAUUAUAUUUACUUAGUUUCAAAUAAUUUAGUUAAAAAUAUCUAAACGAGAUGUAGUUUA